AGGCGGCGCACGGGCUGUUCAGAUACUGCGGCCGCCACUCCUUUAGACUCCGGACGUGCGGGGACUGGCGGCGCUCGGCCUCGCGUUAUAAAAAGCGGCGGGGCAGGGCCGGCGAGACAAUCUGGGAGGCGGGUACCGGCCCUCACGGAUCCGCGUGGCGCCUCGUCGCGCCCCCCACCUGUGGCUGCGCGCGGGGCGGGUUGCGCUCCCCUGUGCGGCGCUGGGCGCCCGGGGCUGGUGGCGAGAUGGGCCGCUACUCGGGCAAGACGUGCCGGCUGCUCUUCAUGCUAGUGCUCACCGUCGCCUUCUUCGUGGCAGAAUUGGUCUCCGGCUACCUGGGCAACUCCAUCGCGCUGCUCUCCGACUCCUUCAACAUGCUCUCCGACCUGAUCUCGCUGUGCGUGGGCCUGAGCGCCGGCUACAUCGCUCGGCGCCCCACCGGGGGCUUCAGCGCCACCUAUGGCUACGCCCGCGCCGAGGUGGUGGGUGCGCUGAGCAACGCCGUCUUCCUCACCGCGCUCUGCUUCACCAUCUUCGUGGAGGCCGUGCUGCGCCUGGCCCGGCCCGAGCGCGUGGAUGACCCCGAGCUGGUGCUCAUCGUCGGCGUCCUGGGGCUGUUGGUCAACGUGGUGGGGCUGCUCAUCUUCCAGGACUGCGCCGCCUGGUUCGCGUGCUGCCUCCGAGGACGCAGUCGCCGCCUGCAGCAGCGGCAGCAGCUGGCGGAGGGCUGCGCCCCCGGCGCUUUCGGGGGGCCUCAGGGUGCGGAGGACCCACGGCGCCCUGCGGCCCCGACAGCCCCAGGCUCGGACUCGGCCGUAACCCUCCGGGGGACCUCAGUGGAAAGGAAGCGGGAGAAGGGGGCGACCGUGUUCUCAAACGUAGCAGGUGAUUCCUUCAACACCCAGAAUGAGCCAGAAGAGAUGAUGAAAAAAGAGAAAAAGUCUGAAGCUCUGAAUAUCAGAGGUGUACUUUUGCAUGUGAUGGGAGAUGCCCUGGGGUCCGUGGUUGUGGUCAUCACGGCCGUCAUAUUCUAUGUGCUUCCCCUGAAGAGCGAGGACCCGUGUAACUGGCAGUGUUACAUUGACCCCAGCCUGACUGUCCUCAUGGUCAUCAUCAUUUUGUCAUCUGCCUUCCCGCUCAUCAAGGAGACUGCUGCCAUUCUGCUACAGAUGGUCCCAAAAGGAGUCAACAUGGAAGAGCUGAUGAGUAAACUCUCUGCUGUGCCUGGAAUUAGCAGUGUACAUGAAGUGCACAUCUGGGAACUUGUAAGUGGAAAGAUUAUUGCCACCCUGCACAUCAAGUAUCCUAAGGACAGGGGAUAUCAAGAUGCCAGCACAAAAAUUCGAGAAAUCUUCCACAGUGCGGGAAUCCACAAUGUGACCAUCCAGUUUGAAAAUGUGGACUUGAAGGAACCCCUGGAGCAGAAGGACUUACUGUUGCUCUGCAACUCACCCUGCAUCUCCAAGGGCUGUGCUAAGCAGCUGUGUUGUCCCCCCGGGGCACUGCCUCUGGCCCACGUCAAUGGCUGUGCUGAGCACAAUGGUGGGCCCUGUCUAGACACAUAUGGAAGUGAUGGCCUCAGUAGAAGAGAUGCAACAGAAGUGGCUAUUGAAGUGUCUUUGGAUGGCUGUCUGAGUGACCACGGACAAACUCUUAACAAAACUCAGGAGGACCAAUGUUAUGUCAACAGCACGCAUUUUUAGUCUGGUGCCCACAUAAUCAGACCGUAUAGACGAGGCACUUUGGAACCACCAGCUUGGCUCACAAAAAGAGCUUUCUGGGUUGCAGGCUCAGACCAGACUUGGAGUGUGCAUGCUCUGUGUUCACUAGGGGUUGGCUGUUUGGAAUUCUAGCUAAACAUGCCUGUGAAUUUUUAUGUAACUAACUCCUUUCCAUUCCCCUGGGUGUCUCAUGCUGCUCUUUGACUGUUUCAGCUUGAACAUGCAUUUUCUAAAGCAAACUGCACUAGUGUAUAUAUCAGGGACAUUGAAGUCUGGGACUGAGGCUCAAUAGCUGCGGAUACAGUGUUCAAAGAAGUUCUUGUUUCUAAACUGAUUAGAACUUCUAGCUAAUGCUCAGGUGAGAUCAUAGCUUAAAUACAUUGAAAAAACUAAAGUACCACAAUAGCUGUAUAUUUCCCAAUCCCCUUAAUGAUCAUAAAACAGGCAAGUUAAGUAUUUCUGGCACUGAAGAAAUAUCUUUUUUCUUUGAUUCAUUUUUGAAUAAAUAUAAAAUGAAUAACUAUUAAGGUAGAAAAUAUUCUCAGAACAUUCUAGAGGAGGUAAAGGUUAGUAGGAGGGCUUUGGCCAUCUCUACAUUUUGUGAGGUGAAAGAAAACUAAUGUUUGCUUUCUGCUGUGAACUGCAGCUAUAGAAUGUUUCAAAUGCUUAAAUAUAUAAUACAUUUUUUUUCACAUGGAAGUGAGAGAAUAUUUAAGCUUCCUUAAGUAUGACACAAAUACUCAUAUACUGUCUUUUAGAGUCAGUAUAGUUGGAGCUGUUUUCAUUUAGUGCUUUGAUAAUGAUUUACUUAUUUUUCCAAAUUUCCUUUGACUUUUCUUUCAUACAAUUGCAUUGAUCUAUGCAGCAUUUACCAGAAAAGAGUAUUCCUGGGAUAGCAGAAUGCAUAACACUGAGUGUUAAUUCUUGCGAAAUAAAUAAGCUAGACUGCCUUCUCUUUAAUUAGACAUAUUUGAAGUAUUUAUUAUAGUUGUCAACUAGUAACUCAAUGGAAAAGUUGAUGUCCAAGGGAGAAAUGAGAAUUAGCUUAAUUGCUGCCUUUAAUGUGUUUUUGAGGAACUUAAAAUUUUCUUUCAUGUCUCUGAUCCAUAUUACCAAGUUCAAAUAAAAUUUUUAUAAUCGGAUUCAGACCCAUAACCAAACUAUGUUGGUAGUAGAGAAGCAUCUGUCAUGUAUUUAACACAUUGCUCAGACAUCAGUAUUUAAAUCAGAACAGUCUCACAGGUAUGAGAAAAUGGGAGGUGCCUCACUAGACAACUAGUAUCAUCUCUGGUAGACUGCAAGAUUGUCGGAAAAUAACCAUCUCUUAGUAUGUAAAGUCCUGUUUAGAAUCUGCACAGGAUUUAUCAGAGGUGCUGGGUUGAUAAUGAAGGCAGCAUCCACAAUUUUUUAGAACAAACAUCAUAUUUAAACAAUUUAUCUUCGUCCUAAAUUUGAAGGCUAAAAUAAAUAAGCAGCUAUGAUCCGUAGGAUAGGAAAUUAUUAUUUUUUUCUUUUUUGUGGAGACAGGGUCUCGCUAUGUUGCCCAGGCUGGCCUUGAACUCCUAGCCUCAAGUGAUUCUCCUGCCUUGGCCUCCCAAAGCACUGGGAGAACAGGCAUGAGCCACUGCACCUGGCCAGGAAAUUCUUUAUUCCUUGAAAAUGUCUUAUCUGAGUUUAAAUUGGCUGUGAAGUAGGUAAAUAGAAAAAUGCCUAAAAAUAUUUUUAUUUCUAGGAGCUUAUUGGGCUAGGUUAUAUGCACUUUAUAAGCUCAAAGGGGUUAAUAAGUAGGAAUUUCUAUUUUUAGUAUUAAAAGUGUGGCAUGUACUCACACAAAACAGUGGAUCCUCUUAAGAAACUCAGCAUGGAGAUCAGUGGGCCAGAUUCUCCUACAUAAACAUUGGUUGAAAUUCCUUAGAGCCAAAAAAGAAAUUUUUCUCUGACUUCCAAAUCUGAAGGUCUAAUUUGAUUUCACAUCAUUCUGCCUUUAUUAAAAGGGAAAAUUAUAAUUUCACAGUUUUUGUGCAACUGGCUGAAGGAAUGGAUAUUAGUUUGCAUUUAAACACUGUUCUUUAAUCUCUAAAAUAUUUUUCUGGGUAAGAAAAGGCACUUAAUUCCACUGUAAUUAAACCUAACUUCAGAACAGUAUCUUGAUAGACAGUUAUACCAGAUUAUGGCCUGGAGUCAAUGUGAAAUAAUACCUUUUUAAGACAGUUUGGCUGACUGCAUUUAAUAAUGUCCAAUCAUGCUAAGUGCAAUAAUUUUGUAUUGGGUUGAGUGGCUUGCAUUUGCCACCUGUGGCACUGUGAUGCCUGCUGUAUGCUAUUUUCACUUGGGUUUCACUCUCUCUUUAAUUGUCUUGCCUUUUAAUUCUCCCAAGGAAAUACAAGAGUUUUCUUUUUCCCUUUAAAUCAGCCCUGCUUGGUGGCAGUAGCAGCUGAUAAAUAGAUUUAAAACACCACUGUUUUCCUUUAAGAUUAGAAAAACACUGGCACUCAGUUUGGUGCUCAUGUAUACUUAGGUUAUUUACAGAAAAUCCCCUCCCCUCCGCCUUUUUUUAAAGAACUGACAUAAUUUUUUGUUUUUGUUUUUGUUUGUUUUUUUGAGACGGAGUCUUGCUCUGUCGCCCAGGCUAGAGUGCAGUGGUGCUGUCUCGGCUCACUGCAAGCUCUGCCUCCUGGGUUCACGCCAUUCUCCUGCCUCAGCCUCCCAAGUUGCUGGGACUACAGGUGCCCGCCACCACACCCAGCUAAUUUUUUGUAUUUUUAGUAGAGACGGGGUUUCACCAUGUUAGCCAGGAUGGUUUCAAUCUCCUGACCUCGUGAUCCGCCCACCUCGGCCUCCCAAAGUGCCGGGAUUACAGGCGUGAGCCACUGCGCCUGGCCAGAACUGCCAUAAUUUUUAAAGUCUACUGCAUAUUUUCUGUGUCAGGUCAGGGACCAGUUGUCCUGUGUGCUAACCUGGCCUUCUACACGGCCCUACUGCACUUCUGUUUCUACAGAAACAGUCCUUUCCACAUUAUUUUAGCAUUGGCCAUAGGAAAUACUAUGUCUGCUUCAUUUUCUGACUCUCAACAUUGUUUUUGAAAAUAUAAUUAAUUUUUUUUCAUGAUAUUGGGCCAUUAUGAAUACCCACAGGCUCCAUUGUUGACAGAAAAUAAAAUUACUCUCUAACUUCUUGAUAAAAUAUCAAUAAAGUAGGGAGACAUUAUUUGAGGAAGAAUUAAGAAUAUUCUCCAUAUUUAGUUCUUUUUUUUUUUUUGCCAUUGGCAGAGCAAAUUCCAGUGGUGGUAAAUCAAGAACUCUAAAGUUCAGUAGAAAGAGGUGUUUUGAAUGUCCAGGAAAUCACUGAGGUAGAUUUGGGAUUACAAUAAGACAGCUGCCCUGUGAGGUCGUAAGAGCUUUUGUGAGGCUUACUCCAGGGGUUCUCAGUCUUGGCACUAUUGACAUUUUGAAUUGGAUGUGUUCUUGCUCCUGAUGUGUGGGAUGUGUAUUGUAGGACGUUUAGCAGCACCCCGACCUCUAUUCAUAAAUGCCGGUACUGUCCCCCCAAGUUGUGACAACCAAUGUCUCCAGACAUUGCCACAUAUAACCUGGGAAAAAAAAAAUUGCCCCAAGUUCUGAGCCACUGGGUAGAACUAAGGGUAGUUUAGGGACAAUGUUAAUGAAAGCCUCUCCAAAGUCCCAUAGUCUUUUUAAUAAUUAAUUCUGCAGAAUUUGCUCUUUAAAAACAUAUUUUUAAAGGCAAGACCAGCCUAUCCAUAAAAAUUGCAGUUGUUUCCACAUAGGAACUUUGGAUAUUUAAAGAAAAAUGUAAUUUGAAAUGAAAAGCCCUUAUAAAUCCCUUUAUACAUAUCAGUCAUUAUAACAGUAAAUGAAAUGAAGAAAAAGCAUUUGGUCUCACUCUUCUGUGCUGAUCUCUUUAACUCCUGAAUAUCCUCAAUUUGAUGAGCCCACUAUCAAAUGAGACUGGAUAGUUAUCAGCACAAUUGAUUCAUGGGGUUAAGAUGUUUAAAUCUCCUUCAUAUUUAAAAUGAUCAAUUUUAAACUUGAUGAUGUUUCUUCUUCUUAGUUCCUGGUAAGCAGCUCAUCUUAGUGCUAAUGACAAGUUCAGAUGUUAAAAAAAUCUUUAUCAUUUAUGGCUAAUUUUAUCCUUUGCCAAAUCAUAUCUAUUUUCUUCAAGAGAGCAAAAUACAUUUCCUGAUUUUAAAGUAUUCGGCUUUUAAAUAUAUCUUCAUAUUCCUGUAGUAAAAGACUGCAAAAAAAAAAAAAAAAAACUGAUGUAGAAAAAAUGAGGAAACAUGACCUGAUUUGAAUUUUGAAUUUGGAUGAAUGAUCACGGACUGCAUGCCUGCUCUAUAGAUGUCAUGCACCUGAUAAAGUGUCGCGUUAUUUAUGCUUCUUAGUUUAUUUACCCUCGAAUAGCCACAGGUAGAAAUGAGGUUGUCAAACCAGGAAUUUAGUUUCUCAAGUGGAAAUUGCAUUGAACGAUAAUCCUCAAUGUAGUCUGUGUGUUCUUACCCAUCUGGAGUUUAGAUAACGCAGACAAGUCAUUUUCUGGUGCUUCUCUUUUCAUGUGUUUUAUUUCGUACCUUUUCGUUUACAUGUAACUUUCUUGAAUGUUUGCUAGAUGAUCAACUGUCACCUCUUAGUACAAAGCCAUGCCAGACACUGAACCUACUCUGCACUCUAAUGAGAACAAUCCGGAAAGGAUGAUUUUCAAGGGAGAGUGACCUCUUCCUGGAGAUCUGAGGUUAUGUUACAGUAUUGUGGAGUUUUGUUGCUUAAAAUUCUCCUCCUGUCCUCACAGGCAAUUUUGCUAGAGUUGCAAUCCUCACAUUUGAGAGAACUGUCAAAACUCUAAGACAUAAAGUUUAAAUAACUCAAUAAUUGCAUGUGAAUCCCCCAGUAAUGUAUGUACAUGAGCAUAUCUUUCAAAGAUGUUCAAUGGUGCUGUAAAUAAAAUUUUUUUAAAAAAUAGAAA